CUGGUUCGUCUGUGUCCAAAUCGGUAUUUUAACAGCCGUGGAAGUGUUUCUUCUCUGUUUUUCGUGUUUUUAACAAUGAAACAAGAACCUUAAAUGAUAUUUUCUAAAGAGCAGCCGUCGACGCUGUUGUAUGCGGGAUUUUAAUUCACCUGGACGCGUGACUGCAGAGCCGCCGAGCGUCGCCUGACCUGAGCUGACACUGCUGAUAUCUAUCGAACCAGAUGAGAAAAUGAAGACAGACGUCACCUACGACCAGCUAGUGGACGUGGAGAUGAGGCGACAGGAAUCCAACAGGAGAGCACAAGUGUAUUCCAGGUGUUUGAUCGCUCUGGCCACCGUGACGACCUUGCUGCUGGCCGCCACGGCCCUCUACAGCCUCCUGGCACCGAGGCCGUCCUCCUCCCGUCCUGCCCCGAGCAGCGGCCUCCGCCUGCCGCAGGCCGAGUCCUGCUCGGACCCCUGCGAGAUCGUUGUGGUGGAGAGCAUCCCCGAAGGCCUGGACUUUAAUUCCAGCACCACCCACCCCUCCAUCUUCCAGGCCUGGCUCAACCUGAUGGCCGAGGCUCGCAGCAGCGUCGACAUCGCCUCUUUCUAUUGGACGCUCACCAACAAAGACACGGGCACUCAUGAGCCGACAGCCGAUCAGGGCGAGACGAUUCUGACGACACUAGCUGAGCUGUCGGGGAAGUUGUCUGUACGGAUCGCAGUCAACACGCCACAACACAGUCAACCGCAGGACGACCUCAGGCUGCUCAACAAGUCAGGAGCUGAUAUCAGGACAGUUAACAUGAGAGAGCUCACCUCAGGAGUCCUUCACACCAAGUUCUGGGUCGUGGACAAGAAACACAUUUACAUUGGCAGCGCCAACAUGGACUGGAGGUCCCUCACACAGGUGAAGGAGCUGGGCGCGGUGGUCUACAACUGCAGCUGCUUGGCUGCAGACCUGGGGAAGAUCUUUGAAGCCUAUUGGUUCCUGGGGGAGAGCCAGUCGAUCCCGUCACCGUGGCCCGCCAGCUUCUCCACCCUCUACAACAAGGACACGCCCCUUCAGCUGCCACUCAACAGCACGCCGUCCAACGUCUACCUGUCGAGUUCCCCUCCAUCCUUCUGUGCAGCCGGCAGGACCCCAGACCUUCAGUCCAUCCUCAGUGUGAUGGAGGAUGCCGAGAGCUUCAUCUACAUCGCUGUCAUGAACUACCUGCCCACCAUGGAGUUCUCACAUCCUAAAAGGUACUGGGCAGACAUCGACACCCAGCUGAGGCGAGUAGGCUACGAGAAGCGGGUCAAAGUGCGCCUGCUGAUCAGCUGCUGGGCCAGCACCCAGCCGGUCAUGUUUCCCUUCCUGAAGUCUCUGGCCUCAGUUUACGACCCCAAGAGCAAACUGGACAUCCAGGUGAGGCUGUUCGUGGUGCCUGCAAACCCCAAACAGAAGGAGAUUCCCUUUGCCAGAGUCAACCACAACAAGUACAUGGUGACUGACAAGAUAGCCUACAUCGGUACGUCUAACUGGUCAGGUGACUACUUUGUGAGCACAGCUGGCUCAGCACUGGUUGUCAACCAGACUGCAUCACAGUCCCUGGGGCCAACCGUCCAAUCACAGCUGAAGGCUGUGUUUGAGAGGGACUGGAGCUCCUCCUACAGCACUCCUCUCACCCAGCACUCAAACCUCAAAGACUUGUGUUAGUCUCAACAGCCAAUAUUACAGAUAGAGCGAUGAACCACAGGUGGACACUUCAGGUCAACACGUACAGUAUUGAAGUGUCAAAGUUGUGUAUUUUAUGACAGAGAUUGCAUUUUGUUCCAGUCGGCUGAAACAGAAAAUCAGCCACAGACGAGCUCUCAGCAGAGUUUCCUCCUCAACUAAGCUCCAAAGGAGGACCUUGGAUUUUUUUUUCUUUUUUUUUUAAGUAAACCUGGCCUAGACCAGAGAGUAAUGUGCCAUCAAACCAGUAAAGUGCCCAGUACAGCCAGUCUCUACCACCGUCAAGGCUUCUUCAAGAGAUUUUUUGAUGUAUGAAAGAGAUGAAACACAGGUCAGCAGUCAGAAUGUGCUGCCACAUGUGACCAGCAUCAACAAACCACGAACACAUGAUUCAAUUGAGUUAAUUGAUUCAUGUGGUUUCUCUCAUGCAGUGCCAGUAGCAGUAGGGGGCGCUGUUUCCUGUCAGGUCAGUUUCAUGCUGUUUUCGUCCAUGUUAAGUGAUGUAUUCAUUGAUCACUCUCUGCUUUUAAAGAUCAGUCACAUUACCUUUCUUUGGUACAACUUCAGCCUCAGUGGGAGUUUUUGUGGUCUCAGCUCAUCUCAGGGAGUAAAGUGUGAGUUGUUUAUGAAAUUAUCAUUUUAGUUUGCUGGAAUCUGGAAUAAUUAAAGCCGAUCCGUUCUAUAAUAAGAUGCAGGGUUUUUAAAUUCUACUCUCGAUGUUUUUAAAAUAAAUUUGAUACUAAAUGUCAGCCGUGCGUACGAUAGAUUGAAAGUUUGCAGCCGCAGGAAAUGAGGAUGAACUGACUUGAUUUCCACUGUGUGGAGUGAUUGAAACUACUAAUUAGUGAAGGUGGUUGUUGGCAACUGUCCAAAGAAGUGUGUUUUCCAGUAGCAGCGUGCUCAUGGAAAAGCUCUGGAGCAGUUCUUGUGUUCAUGUCAUUCUCUACUUUCUCUUUAUAAAGAAAUCACUCUCACUAAACGUCUUUGGUUCAGACCUCUGAUUCCUGUUUGUUCACU